AUGCCCCGCCACUGCUUCCGUUUCUUUUUCUUCUUCCUCGUCUUGGCCCCUCUCUGGAGAAUCAAGUCUCCAUUACAAAGUCUGUAUGGCAACUAUGGCCGUGGGACGCGAAUACGGUUCAAAUUUCAUAUGCUCGCAUCGCAGUUGUCUAUAUCCACCAUCCAUCUCCGCCCGGUGGGCUGUCCCUUUCGGGGUGAUGGGGUCUUCACCAUACACGUAUCACAUCCUACCAAUAAGACACAAGCCCAGAUCCAUCUCGUCUUGCGUGCAUGUUUGCUUCAGACACUUGCUCAACAAAAUGCCGGCAUCGGACAAGCUUUCCUCCUGUGCCUGUCAUCCCACGGGGCCCAAAUCCUUGCCGCAGCGCUGCCAAGAGCUAUGCUGGAGAAAAACGGCCUUCCCCUCAAAAUCACAAGACAGGGCUAUCCAGCACACCAUGCUCGGCUCGGCAAGCAAGCUCUAGGGAUCUGUCUUCAAACCACCCCUCCGGCCCGAACAAGCUUCCUUAAGCUUCAAACCCCGCAACCACAUGCUCGCCGCCAAUCUUCAGAUCUGUCCAUCUAUUACCCACCGCGCUUGUCGAGCCUCAAACGGCUUCAUGUCAGUCGAGUUCAGAUCGGCCCAUGGGAGCCAACCAUUCCCUGAUGGGCAAUUCUGCCUGUGACAUUCGCGUUUCGGUUUGUCGUUAUCAUUGCAAACUCAAUGGUUUGACCUCUACCAAUCCUAUCCCUAUCCCUUGUCUAGAUUACUCUAAACACAAGUAAGAUCUUCGCUCCUAAGCACGGGGGUUUGCCUUCAUAUUCCGAGCUCGGGAUGGAGACAAAGCUAAC